AUGGACACCACUUCACAAUGCUUGUUCAAAAGGCUAUCUCGACAUUGUGCGCUGCAUCUGCGAGAAUGGAGGCGCAGACUUACACUCCGAUGGCACGCGGCAUAUAGACGCCCGAAGCAAGGGAGGUUGGACACCUCUAAGUCAGUUCAUUUCAAUAGCACCAUUUAUUCAAGCUUAUCCUCUUCAGUGAAUGCUGCGUCCAAGGGCCACCUUCCCGUCGUCCUGUAUCUUCUUACUAAACAAUCUGCCAAUCCUUUGGUUCGCAAUAACUGGGGUGAAACGGCGUAUGACACAGCCGCAGCGGUUUUUGAGGUUUGGAUUUGCGAGGUUUUACAGAGAGCUGAAACGGAACGUUGGAGGAACACGACGGUAUCUUAUGACACUCUCGCCGUUCACACGACUGUUGCUCUUGUCCUGUAUGAGAAUCAAAGGCUGGAUACACGUCUCAAAACGCUCGCGGUGUCUGGAGGUAGGCCUAAAUUCUCUGUGUCAGGCUUAGGAAAACAAGGUCGGAAACCGCCCUUCGAACUAAGAAUGCCUAAAUCGGACGAUAACGUGGGCGACGUAGCCGCAUGGCGCAGCGACGUGCAGCUGCCCCUCCGAAAUAGUCCUUGGAAGCUUCCUCUUCCUCGAUCGGACGAGCGGCACGCACUGGAAGGAGCGGAGCGGAGUCAUUUCUGGCUUUCGGAUUGGACGCUGGAUAUGACCCAUCCAGGAGUCGACGUGGAAGACGGUUGGCAGUACGCGCACCAUUUCAAUGACCCUGAGGAUCAAUGGUCGGCAGAGAGGCCGCCGCAGCUAGUAAGGCUCUUGACGGGGAGCGGGAGCGUCAUUUUGGGUGCGGCUGGGUCUUCGUCGAGACGGUCAUCAUACUCCUCUUCAUCGAUUCCUCAUGCGCCCCACACUUGGGUCCGGCGAAGAAGAUGGGUACGUGUUAUGCGUAGGAGAUUGGAUAUCCCGCCCCUGCCAUUCCUGCAGCCCGAUGGUAAAAUGUACCAUCUGGAUGGAGAGGGAGAUCUCAUACCAUACAUCGAUGAUAGUCAAGAUAAUGCAGAAGGAGAUUCGGAAGGCCAGGAGCUUGGGCAGAUGCAGUCGUUUUUAUCAUCAACACAAGAUUAUGUCGGGAGGGCCAGGUACCUGGUAGGAACACAAUCAUCUCGUGAUAUUGAUGCGGCUUCGUUAUCUGCCAUCGAUGCUCGACGGGCGAUUGCUAAGCUUGAACGUGCAACGAUGGAGCUGAGACAGGGAAUACUGGGUGAUGACGAUGUUGAUAGGAAGAGACAAGCCGAAGUGCUGCUGAAUGCAUAUAGCAGGGAUCUUGAACGAAGAAGGCUAGCAGCAGGUGCUCAUGGUCUCCUUAUCUCAGAUGACGAGGAACACGAGGAUUAUGAUGAUGAUGAUUCAGACGACGAGUUCCAUUACCCAGGAGCCUCACCCUUGGAAACGUUGCGUUCCUCAUCCCGGAUGUCCAAUUCGACGGGCUCUUUCAGUCAACCGGGUUUCCGUUCGACAAAUCGUGUACCAACUGAUUUGACUCCUCAGCUAUCGCAGGCCCCUGAUUUCCGGGUGCCCACUCAUGAAGCGCCACAGAAGGUGGCACGGUGGGCAUCUCCAAGUCGUCAUCAAAUACAUCGCUGGGAGAAAGACGAGGAUGUUUAUCAAUGUAGGGACUGUCAGAGAAGGUUUACAUUCUUAAAUCGACGUCAUUGUCGCCGUUGCGGACGCAUCUUCUGCGACAGAUGUUCAUCCUAUAGAGUGUUGCUUGAUCCAUCAGAUAUUGUGCAAGAGCCAGGUUUUCCCGAAGGCGUAGCGACGUCCAGUUCCCAGAGGGUCUGUUGUGGCUGCCAUGACGAGGUGAACGGGAACGUACCGAGUAGCCUUGUAGGCAUGCGCGUCAACUCCAUGGAACGUGUCUUCGUUGAUCAAGGUCUGCUGACGAUACCCAGUCCCCUGUCAAGAGGGGAUACCAGUUCGCAACUGAGUGAUCUUGCUGAGUGUCCAGUAUGUAAUCGGAAUCUUGAUGCUAUUGGGAACGCAUCGGAGCAGGAGGCCCAUGUGAAGAACUGCCUGGAAGGUGGAUCAGGGACUACGCCUCAGACUGCCAAAUAUCUUGUUUAUAGCUUACCAGCAGAAAGUACACUUAUCGGUGUUGAAUGUGUAAUAUGUCUGGAAGAAUUCGCUAAGGGUUCCGUGGUCGCACGCUUGAGUUGUCUAUGCAGUUUCCACAACACUUGCCUUUCUUCAUGGCUCCAGCGCGGAAAGAGCUGUCCCGUACAUGCUCGCUAA